CGGUGUUGGAAAGUACACCCGCAGCGCGACACUAGACCAUGCCAUGGGGCAGCGAUCGGCGAUGCUCUGAACCCCAGCAUUUAUCCACGGCCUCCGAAUAGUUCGACCUCGCCAUACCACAAUCCGGAAUCAUUUCUGACUUACCCUCCUCCUAGUCAACCCCCCCGCUUCGCUCAAAGAAAGCUUAUCAACAUGCCCAAAAUCUCGUCCGAGUUGGCCGCAUCUAUAGCCGAGUCCGUUGCCCGAGGAUUCGAUGAUCAGAUUGCCUACACUCAACGCCUGAUUAGAGUCGGAGGCCAGCGGGGCCUAGAAUUUGAGGUCCAGGGCCUAGUCUACGAUGAAUUCUGGCAGCGUGGAUACAACCCGGUGAAACUCGACAUGAAUGAGGACCUUAUUUCCCAGCACGAAGGAGCAGGCCGUUUCAGUGCUGAGCACUCCAAGACACCAGUCGUCGUGGGAGUCCAUCAGCCCAAGGUUCAAGCCACUGACGGCAAGAGCCUGAUACUCAACGCGCAUAUCGACAUAGUUCCCACCGGGCCAGUCGAUCUGUGGACCCGAGACCCGUACAGUGGUGCCAUCGACGGCGACAAGCUAUAUGGUCGCGGGGGUGCCGACAUGAGAGCUGGCAGUGCAGCAAACCUCUUUGCACUAGACGCGCUGCGCCGGUUGGGAUUACAGCCGGCUUCCAAGGUGGUUCUCGAAUCUGUAGUUGAGGAGGAGUCAACAGGGAAUGGCACGUUAUUAACGCACUUGAGUGGAUAUCGGGCAGAUGCUGUGAUAAUUCCGGAGCCCAUGGAUGAGAAACUGGUGCGGGCAAAUACCGGUGUCUUGUGGUUCCAAGUCGAGGUCAAGGGACUUCCGGUUCACGUCAGAGAUAUGUCCACGGGGACUAAUGCGAUCGAUGCAUGUUGGGAGGUCAUUACGGGGCUGAGAAAGCUGGAACAAGAGUGGAAUUCCAAGAAAGUGGGAAGGUUACAUUUUGAGAGCGAGCCACAUCCUCUGAAUUUGAACGUCGCAAAGAUUAAUGCCGGCGACUGGGCCUCGUCCGUGCCCGCGUGGUGUCGUGUUGACUGCCGCAUUGCCACAUUCCCCGGUUUCAGCGCGAAAUCGGCAGCGGAGGAGAUCGAGGCCAGAGUGAAGGAAGUAGCGCAAAAGAACUCUUUUCUCAGACAAAAUCCUCCGACGGUGACGUGGAACGGAUUCUUCUCGGAGGGAUAUAUUCUUGAGCCCAACAGCGAGGCGGAACAAACACUUCAACGGGCACAUCAGCAGGCCACAGGGGGUGAAUUGAAGUCUUUUACCACUGCGGCGUACCUCGAUACCCGAGUUCACUCCCUCUACGACAAGAUCCCGGCGCUAUGUUAUGGUCCAGUUAGUGGGAAUAUCCAUGGAUUUGACGAGUGGGUCAGCAUCAGCAGCCUGAAGCGGAUCACGACUGCCAUUGCCUUGUACGUGGCCGAGUGGUGUGGCGUCGAGUCGGUUGAAUGAGCAGUUUCUAGGAUUCCUAGUGUAUAUAAAUGGUUGGUAGAGAAUAUCUGUGGUUGAACCAGAAGAC